CUCAGGCGAGACAACUGCCCUGGCAUUAAUGUCAGUCAGUUGCAGACUCACUAAUUUACAGUGGCAGGACCAGCUACACGUCACAAAAUAGUGACUAUAAAAUAUUUCUGAGCAUUGCUUCAAAAAUUAAAACACUGAGGCAAUCAUGGAAAUAACCAAUUAGGCUACGAAAUUCUAAUUUCAUGUUGAUUAUAAAAUCCCUAAGAGCCUGAGACCGACCGCCCUCAACAUCCGCAGCUAUCAAUUCAAUGCUUUGGUGCGGGCUGGACACAGUGCCUGAGACGUUUACUCUGGAACAUGUGAAGAUUUGGAAAGUAGAGAGAGCCUCCAACAAAUUCUGAAGGUAAGUAUAUUUUUUACAUAUUUUCCAGGAGGCUGUCCAUUGUAGCUGCAAAUGUUUUUGCUUUACAGACUAUAAGAGCAUAUAUGUUUUACAAGCUACAGAUUGUGACAUCUAUGUUACUGUGAUUGUCUCAUUAUUUCAAAUCAUAGACGCGCAUGUCUAUCGGUAGCAUAUGCAUGCCCAGCGAAAUAGAAUUCCGUGUCCUUUUAAGAAAAUAAAAAUCAAUAGCCUAUAAACUAAACAAUAUCAAUUAGACAAAAUAAAUACAGUUGGUCAUAUGAGCACAUUUUGGGCACUAAUGCAUGCGCCGUCUCCAAGUAACCCCACCCAAACAGGUUGAGUGAGAAACACGCCUUGUUUGGAAAUUUUGGAGGGCAUGAAUUUAAGUAAAACAAAUCAAAAUUUGUGUGUGCUCGUGUGUGCCUGCGUUCGUGCGGUCGUGGUUAUUGCAACAAGUUGGCUUUCUAAGAACAAAGGAUGGAAGUGAAAUUAAAUUAGGAAUAUCCUUGACUGUUGUGCCUUCAUAAUUACAUACUGUAUGUGACUGUUUUGUAUGUCACUCAAAUGUAACAUUAAAGGCUUCACGUCAAAGGCUAUCAGUAAGUAAGCAACUUGAGGUGUUUCCAGGUCUGUUCUAUUUGUGCAUAUUGUGUUGCUGGUUUUAAUGGUUCUGUUCAGGAGUCCCAGCCCUCCGACAUGUCUUUGCCCUAGAACAUGCUGCCCCUGCCAGGCAGCUGUUGAGUGGUAUGUGUUGUGACUGCUACUUUAGUCCAAAACCCUUCUGCAAUCAUGCCAAGACGCCUAACUAACUGCUUUUUUUGGGUAGCGGAAGGAAAGGGGGCCAGGGGUUAAUGUUACCUAUUGAUUAUUUUGAGUAGCUGGAUGGUAUAUAAACUGGCAGUUGGGGGGGUUAAGUAAUUAACCACAGGAGGACCAAAACAUGUCAUACCUGCUCUGUCAGUGUUAUGGAUAUCAGUACAGUGGGGGGGAGAUGAUUGGCGACAAAAUCUAGAUCAUAAAAUGGGAUCAUAUUUUUGUAUGUGUUGGAGUGGGUGCAGUAUGUCCACCCAGUCCUACUGGCACCAUGGUCGGUAGGAGAGUGUAUUUGUUUGGGGUAUCAUAGUGAUGGGACAGUGUGUUGAGAAGUGUUGUUGACGGUUCUCUCCCCCUCUCUCGUGCUCUCUCUCAAAACAGUAUGGCAUGGAUCCAAGCUUGGAAAACUAUUUCUGGAUCCAGCUAUGGGAAAAUAAGCAAGUCCAUAAUCACUCACCAAUAGACAGCUUUAUGAAAAACAAAACCGUUGACUCUGAGAUUUAUGUAAUCAGUCAGAGUAAAAGUAAAGAAUCCUUUCCAUCAAAUACUCUACCUACCAUAUGUCAUAUUAGACUUUUCACUGUGGUCCAUACAUUAGUUGAGGUUGGCCUACACACAGUAUGUUGUUGAUAUGUAUAACAGAACUGUUUUAGUUUGAUCAAAGUCAAAUUUCCAAGCAGUUAUCUGUUUUAAAAAAGUUCAAUGACAUUACCGACGCCUAAUGAUGUAAGUUCAAAGUUUACUUCCCUCUAAAACCCUAGGCCUUUGUGUAGGUGUAGGCUAACAAUGGCUUAUUUUUAACCUGUGGCUGUUGGGAGAGGGGGGUGGAAGUGCCAGGACAACAGAGGAAGAGAGGCCUCCUCAUACUUCAUCCUUCCUGGGAUUCGUAGAGGCUCUCCGCAGCCCCUUUGUAAUACAAAUAAACAGGCUUCUCCUCAGUGAGUUACAGUCAGUGAGCUAUGACAGCCUGACCUACAGUAAGCAAAAGAGAGGGGGAAAUGAUGUGUAGAGGUCAUCUCUAAGCUCAACUACCACCAUCAUGUGGCAAGAAACAACAAAUUGGCACCAGAGAGCCACCUUUAGAAUAUGCCCCUAAAGCAGGGUUUGUUUUUUGUUUUUGCCCUAGCACUACACAGCUGAUUCAAAUAACCAACUCAUCAUUAAGCUUUGAUUAUUUGAAAUAGCUGUGUACUGCUAGGGCAAAACCAAAACGUGCACCCGGGGGGUACAGAAAGAUGCAUUGCUCUCAGGGGUCAUGGGUCUUCAGAAAGGAGCUUGGAAAUCCAAAUAAUUUUCAUAAAACAUGGACUGCAUGAUUAGCAUCUCUUCCAGUCAAAUGGGUUAAAGAUGCUUCUAACGCGUGGGUGGAGAUUUUAAAGUAAACAAAAAAAAAUAAAGGAAACAGCAAACCACCCCGGGACAUGUUGGUGCUGGUUGGUCAAUGCUUACUUACAGAUCCUUUUCCAACAAUGCAGAGUUAAAGAUAAAGAUAAAAUAGGAAUAGUGACUGUGUGUGUGGCGUCAGUAUGCAUGUGUGCGUAUGUUAUGUGUGUGUGUUGGGGUGUCAGUGUAAGUAUGUGUGAGUGUGUGGGUAGAGUCCAGUGUGUGUGCAUAGUCAGUGCAAAUAAAGGGUCAAUGCAGAUGGUCCGGGUAGCCAUUUGAUUAGCUAUUUAGCAGCCUUGUUUAGCAGUCUUAUGGCUUGGGGGUAGAAGCUGUUCAGGGUCCUGUUGGUUCCAGACUUGGUGCACCACUUGCCGUGCUGUAGCAGAGAGAACAAUCUAUGGCUUGGGUGACUGGAGUCUUUGACAAUUUCUUUGGCCUUCCUCUGACACCGCCUGGUAUAUACGUCCUGGAUGGCAGGAAGCUUGGCCCCAGUGGUGUACUGGGCCUUACCACCCUCUGUAGCGCCUUGCGGUCGGGUGCCUUGCAGUUGCCAUACCAAGCUGUGAUGCAGCCAGUCAAGAUGCUCUCAAAUGGUGCAGCUUUAGAACUUUGAGGAUCUGAAGACCCAUGCCAAAUCUUUGCAGCCUCCUGAGGGAGAAGCGCUGUUGUGCCCUCUUCACCACUGUGUAGGUGUGUUAAUUCCUUAGUGAUGUGGACACAGAGGAACUUGAAGCCUUCAACCCACUCCACUACAGCCCCAUCGUUUCCUGUUGUCCACAAUCAGCUCCUUUGUCUUGCUGAUGUCGUCAGCAAACCUGAUGAUGGUGUUGGAGUCGUGCACUGCCACACAAUCAUGGGUGAACACGGAGUACAGGAGGGGACUAAUCACACACCCCUGAGGGGUCCCAUGUUAAUGGUCAGCAUGGCGGAUAUGUUGUUGCCUACACUCACCGCCUGGGGGCGGCCCGUCAGGAAGUCCAGGAUCCAGUAGCAGGAAUAUGUUCAGUCCCAGGGUCCUGAGCUUGGAGGGAACUAUGGUGUUGAAUGCUGAGCAGCAGUCAAGGAACAGGAUUCUUACAUAGGUAUUCCUUUUGUCCAGGUGGGUGAGGGCAGUGUGGAGUGCAAUAGAGAUUGCGUAAUCUGUGGAUCUGUUGGGGCGGUAUGCAAAUUCGAGUGGGUCCAGGGUGUCUGGGAUGAUGGUGUUGAUGUGAGCCAUGACCAGCCAUUCAAAGCAUUUCAUGGCUAUAGAUGUGAGUGCUACGGGACGAUAGUCAUUUAGGCAGGUUACCUUGGUGUUCUUGGGCACAGGGACUAUGGUGGUCUGCUUGAAACAAGUUGGUAUUAUUCAAGAUGUUCAAUAUGGUUCAAGACACACUGUAGUCACAUCUGUAUUUUUCCAGUGGCAGGACUCUUUGGUAGAAAAUGAUGUAAGGGUGAACUUAAAAAAGGUUUGUCCGAACCUACCCAUACACUGUAAUGGCACAUGGAUAAAGAGGUUAGCAAAGAGUGCUUCAGUGCUACAUGUAACCCAAGAGGAUAAUCAAAACAAGUUAAAGUACUUUGAUUUGAUGGUCCUAUAUCAAAGCUUAGAAUAACUGAGUCAACCUUAAAAGACUUGGACUGGAAUGACAACUUCAUGAAUUUCCUUGGGUGGUUAUGAUGAGCCUCCUGAGUGGUUUUCAAGGGACCGUUUCUAGCAGUAAUUACAGUUUUAUAUAGUCAUACCUUGAAACUGUUUGUCCUGGUCUGCAAACCAGUGAAUAAAUACAUCUAAAUAGUGUAAAUCUUUUAUUUUUGCUUAAACUACCGGUAGUUAUUAUAAGUACCAAUUAGAUCUUGAAUUAUUUUAAUUACCUGGGAUGCUGGUAGACCAAUGUAUCACGGCUCAGGAGAAGACCCAGAUGCAGACAGUUUCGAAGUAACAAAAGUUUAUUACAAAAACAGGGGGGCAGGCAAAUGACAGGUCAAUGGCAGACAGACAUCAGUAAUCCAGAACAGAGUCCAAAAGGUACAGAACGGCAGGCAGGCUCAGGGCAGGCAGAAUGGUCAAAACCGGGAAAACUGGAAAUCAGGAACUAGGGAAAAACAGGAAUACGGGAAAACCACUGGUAGGCUUGACAAGACGAACUGGCAACAGACAAACAGAGAACAUAGGUAUAAAUACCCUGGGGAUAAUGGGGAAGAUGGGCGACACCUGGAAGGGGGUGGAGACAAACACAAAGACAGGUGAAACAGAUCGGGGUGUGACACAAUGAUAUGAAUUCCUUAAAGCUAGAAUCCUUAAUUGAAACAAUAAGAAAGCCGUCACCUCAAAUUCAUAGACAUACUGACCAUCCAUGAGAUAAAAAUGAGAUAAGGGAUUUUAGAAACACUUAAAAUUAGGGCUGUGUUUCAUGUAGGCUUACCCUGGCGUGACGUUUUGAUAACCAUGUAAAUCUCUCUCGGACAAAGUGUCUUUUAUCAAUAUAUUUGGCUCUAUUUACUCUCAGAUUUGAAAACGCUAAUGAGAGUCAAAGUACACAUCAUGCAAGACUACAAAUCCCUGCAAACUCCUGCAUGUCAUCUCUAGCUGACACCUUUGCUAACAGGUAUUGUGUCAAUUUAAAACUUGGACAAGACAGUUCACACAAUUGUCGAUUUUAAAGAAAUGUUGCCAAUUUAUUAAUUACUAAAUGUAGCUAACAUUCGAUAGUUAAUCCAGAGAUUCUUACCUUUUCCAGAUUAUCAUGGCAUUUGUAAUUCUUUAUGAUAGCGACAUUAGCAGCUAAUUAGCAUUACAUUUUUUGCGGGGGUAAAUACAGAUUAAUAUAUUGAUAAAAGUCACAUUGUCUUAGAGAGACUUACACGGUUAUCAAAACGUCACGCCAGGGUAAGCCUACACGAAACACGGCCCUUAUUUGAAGUGUUUCUAAAAUUCCCUAUGGGAAAAAUGAAUGGUGGAAAAACGAUUGGAAUCAUUUCCUUGUUUGACCGCUAGGUUUUAUGGGUAUUAUGACUCAUACUGUGGUACUCUAUUGGUGGUCACUGAGCCUAUAUUUGGUCAGGUUCUAGCUCUGUUUUGUAUCUCUGACAGAGUAGAGAUAUUCUGUCAAUUUGUAAUCUCUUUUUAGGGCCAAAUAGCAAUUUAGUUUAUUCUUUGUUUUUGUUUCAUUUUCCCAAUAUGUCAAAUAGGAGGUUUUAAUUUCUGUAACAAUCGGAUUGAUUUCCCUGUGUGCAUCUCUCUCUCUCUUUCGCUCUCUCUCUAGGGCUCGUGUGCAGGUGUGUCAUAUUAUAUGACACCUACCAUUUCUAUAUAGUGAAUCAAGUCUGAUGAAUUGAUAUCAUCAAGAUGUAAUAUCCUGCUCAUUACUACUCAGUUCAGGAUAACAACCAGACUGUUAUUACAGUUCUCUUUUCAGAUUGUUUUCCUUGGCAUAGGAGGCAAAUAGCAGUUUUACAGCCUGAAAGGGAAUGGGUGUUUGAUUGUGAAAGGGUGUUGUAUAGUGUUGAAUGAGAACACUACUGAGCGCUUGUGACACCAGUGUCCGCCCUGGGACUUUGGUCAGGUGACAAGCCAUUGAAGAGAUAUAGGACCCUAUAUAUAGACCACACCAGCACACUGGCUGAUGGAGAAUGGUGGUGUGGUAUUUCCAGCCUUAUCCAUAGAAUAUUUGGUUUUACCUUCCAACAUAAAUUGAUGUCAAAUUGAUACAUUUAUGAGGUAAAACUAUAGACAUUGACAAUGUUUAGCAGUUAUCAAACUAUAUACGUUAACUAGGCACUACAUAAUUUUGGUUAAUCAGUUUUGAGCAGUUUGAUUAAGUGAUAGUUAAUUGUAUUGUUAACAAAUGACCAAAAAAAUCAUAUCAUUACUACUACUCAGUGUGUUUGUUUUCCUUGGCAUAGGAGGCAAAUAGUCGUUUUACAGACUGAAAGGGAAUGGGAACGUUGUUUGUUUUUGAUUGUGAAAGGGUGUUGGAUGAGAACACUACUGAACACGUGUGACACCUGUGUACCUCCUGGGACUUUGAUCAGGUGACAAGCCAUUGAAGAGAGAGGACCCUAUAUAUAGACUAAACCAGUGUAUUGAGUUUCUGGGUCAACCGUGUGCCUCUGUGGAUUGUCCUGCCAUAGGGGUCAGCCAUGGGGCUCGUGUUCUGCCUCUGUACCAGGUCUUACCCUCUAUCUCUCUGUAUUCCUCUUUCUCUCUUUUAUCUCUCUAUCCCACACUCAGGGUCACAGACAAAAGGUCAAAGACAAUUUACAAGAGAUCUAGAGCAAAGCCGCAGUAAGAUGCUGUGGUUUCCUCCUUAGAUUGUGAUACACACCCAUCUCUGUGUGACCAUUGACAGUUAUGACAUUUCCAAAGAACCCGGGGUUAGGAGGGAGAGCGAGAGUGAGAGAGAGGUGAGAUUGGGGAAGUGUGUUUGACUCAUCCUCCCUUACUAACCAUCUUCCCCCAAAGCUCCAAAGCAUUCCAUAUUCUAUCCCCUCUCUCUUUUCCUCCAGUCUUUCUCUCCCUUUGCUAAUGUUUUACACUCAUAAUUUUUUCAUAACUCACUAAACAUAUGUUUUCAUAUGUCUCGUACUACUCAGAGAUCAAUACUUAUAUGCUCCUGUUCCAGCUGGAAUUUGACUGUGCUUUAUAAUUCAAAAGGUUUCUCUUGCUGGGUUAGUGAAUUCACAUUUUGUAGGAAGUGUGGAGUUCAUGAGGGACAAGCUUUGUAUACUUUUACAGCACAUUUCAGCGAUCAUCAAAUAAACAUCCUCGUCUUUCUUGGUAUUGUAAAUAUGCAUGUUACCUGACCAUGAACGCAACGACUGCGGUGCUGUGACCUGUUGUGAGUGGACAUCCUGUUCUGAGACACUUGUACACACUGCAAUGCGUGUUCAGUCAGCACAAACACAUAAACAAAUGUGUAUUUUUGUUGUCUCCUCAUAUAGUAUGGUCAAUUACUGUUGAGUGGUCCAUUCAAAGGGAGCUAUUGCUGCAAAUCAUUUCCACCAUGAACCAGACCAUAGAAGUAUAUCCCACAGUUAGAAAUACAGCCACUCCCCUCUACUAUUUCCAUGCUUGUGAUUCCUCUCUCCAUAGUUCACCUAUGCUCACUGGCAACACCCCUCUUUGUCCCAUAUAGAACCAUGUGGAGGAUCCCAGCGCUAUGGCUUCUGGUGUUACUACUGGCCGCUGAGGUGAGAGAUACUCUUGAAUAUGUGUGUGUGUGUGUUUUUUUGUCAGAUUAGAAACUAUAAAAGGGGCUGUUAAACAUAUCCAAUAGGUGUGCCACUGUGAAGAUGUGGGGACCAUGCUGGCAUCCGAGGAGGUGCCUAACAUCCCUUUGUCGACCACCGUGACCCGCAGCCAGAUCCUCUCAGCUCAGUUUGAGUGCUACCUGAAGAUCAUCCAUGACCCAUCACGCAAUGAAGAUGGUGAGGAACUACACACACAUACAAUAUAGCAGAGUGGAGGAGUGGUAUAGGUCAGAAGAAAAAUAGGGAGAAGGGAAGUGACUACCCUCAGGUCUGAAAGGAGGGAAAUGGUCUUUGUCUCCAAGCUGCCCCUGUAUCUCGAACUCACUAAAUCAUGGCUUUUGAAAUGCUAUUUUGCACUCUAUUUCUGUACAUACAUCUUGGACAACCUUUAUUGUAUUGUUCACUAGGACUGUUUUUUAAAGUGAUCUUUGUUUGCACAUGUAGCUGUUUCUCUCAGCUUUAAUGCAUGUAGACUAUUUUCAAUGUAGUAUAUCAUUAAUUUUGAAGAUACAUGUUAAACAUUUAACAGGUGUUUGCUUUUUUAAAUUUGUUUUUAAUUUCUCUGCUUUUGCAAGACAUUCACAGGAAAUAAGAGACUUGUUUUCAGUUUGUCUUAAAUGCCUCAACACUGUAUUUUAUAGUGAAAGAUUUGUCCCUAGGUUUUUUGAAGUUCUUUGAUCACUAAUAUCACUAACAGAUGUCACUCUAUCUUCAUAUUAUGUCCAUGAUAUAAUAAACAGUUCAGAGAGAACAAAGGCAAUGAACCUAAACAUUUGAAACAUGAAACAGUUGCAUUACUAUAAUACACUGUAAACAGCUGCUCUUCUGUUGUCGCCCCCUGCAGGCAUAUUCUGUAACCGCACGUGGGAUGGCUGGCUGUGUUGGGAUGACUCUGCUCCUGGCACGGCCAUGCAGCUCUGCCCUGAGUACUUUCAGGACUUUGACCCCUCAGGUAAACCAGCCAGCCAGCAACACAUCUCAUUAACAAUCACAAUUCAACUGACUUGAUCUUUACUAAUGAUGCCUUACCUGAAGUGUUUUAUGUGUCCAUUCAAACAGAGAAAGCGACUAAAGUGUGCAACUCGGAUGGACAGUGGUUUCGUCACCCUGAGAGCAACCGUAUUUGGUCCAAUUACACCCAGUGUCAGAUGUACACUAAGGACAAACUGACGGUAUACUUCUAAGCCAACUGGUUAAGUAAUUUUGACAGUGGCUAAGACAUUGUUAUUAGAGUCAAUUUAGUGAUUGUUUUUAAGUUCAACAUCUCUCUAUUGUGUUCAUUUAGUUAAAACCUCUUCAACUCUGAGCGGUUGUUUUGGGCCCAUGUAGCUUAAGUGCUACCCACUCUGUCAAUUCCGGUCAGAAAAUAGAAAGUGACAUAUCUUUCGAAAGCUACAGCACUUGUAUUUUUGGAAAUCUAGCUCAAUUCUUACUGCUGGCGAUGUCAUAAGAAUCCCCCCCAUAGGCCAUAAAUCAUGUGCUAUGGUCAUAUUCAUAGAGUAUGCAAUUUAGGUCAAGAAACCAAAAGUGCAGAAAUGUUGUAUGAAUGGAAAGGGUACACCCUGGUGCUCAUCGUAAUGCAAUGCAUUUCUUUUCCAUCCACAUUUAAUAUAUGUCAUGACCUUGAAUGCAUCCUCCAUAUUCGCUGUUGAUCUAUCUCACUUGUUUCCAAUGGGAAAAAUGAAUGGGAAAAUAACUUUGAAGUUCCUUCACCUGUCUGUGUGUUAAGAAAAAAGAUAACUCUGGGGUAAUUUUAAGAUGUCAGGCUUGAAAAUCCGUUCAGCCAUUUUCACACAGUGAGGUACUACCCAAACCAGAUCAAACCAGACGCCUCUAGUUUCAAGUGGCCAAGUCACAUCAUGGGAUCUUCUAGUGGAGGACCUGGGAAUCUGACAUGAGAUCUGAUUACAUCAGUGAAAAGGUUAUGACUUCAGCUUUCUCCUUCAGAAAUUAUUCAUACCCGUUGUGUUACAGCCUGAAUUCAAAAUGGAUUAAAUUGUUGUUGUUUUUCUCACCCAUCAACACACAAUACCCCAUAAUAACAAAGUGAAAACAUGUUUUUAGAAAUGUUUGCAAAUAUAUUUAAAAUGAAAUACAGAAAUAUCUCACUAACAUAAGUAUUCAGACCCCUGAGUCAAUACAUGUUAGAAUCACCUUUGGCAGUGAUUACAGCUGUGAGUCUUUCUGGUUAAGUCUAAGAGCUUUGCACACCUGAAUUGCACAAUAUUUGCACAUUAUUCUUUAAAAAGUUAUUCAAGCUCUGUCAAGUUGGUUGUUCAUCAUGGCUAGACAGCCAUUUUCAAGUCUUGCCAUAGAUUUUCAAGCCGAUUUUAGUCAAAACCGUAACUAGGCCACAGGAACAUUCAAUAUCCUCUUGGUAAGCAACUCCAGUGUAUAUUUGGCCUUGUGACUUAGGUUAUUGUCCUGCUGAAAGGUACAUUUGUCUCCCAGUGUGUGUUGGAAAGCAGACUGAACCAGGUUUUCCUCUAGGAUUUUGCCUGUGCUUAGCUCUAUUCCAUUUAUUUUCAUACUAGAAAACUCCCUAGCCCUUGCCUAUGACAAGCAUACCCAUAACAUGAUGCAGCCACAACCAUGCUUGAAAAUAUCAAGAGUGGUACUCAGUGAUUUUUUUGUGUUGGAUUUGCCCCCAAACAUCACGCUUUGUAUUCAGGACAUUAAGUGAAUUUCUUUGCCACAUUUUUUGCUGUUUUACUUGAGUGCCUUAUUGCAAACAGGAUGCAUUUUUUGAAUAUUUUUAUUCUGUACAGGCUUCCUUCUUUUCACUCUUUUCAUUUAGGUUAGUAUUGUGGAGUAACUACAAUGUUGUUGAUCUAUCCUCAGUUUUCUCCUAUCACAGCCAUUAAACUCUGGAACUGUUUUAAAGUCACCAUUGGCCUCAUGGUGAAAUCCCUGAGCUGUUUCCUUCCUCUCCAGCAACUGAGUUAGGAAGGACGCCUGUAUCUUUGUAGUGACUGGAUGUAUUGAAACACCAUCCAAAGUGUAACUAAAAACUUCACAAUGCUCAAAGGGAUAUUCAAUGCCUGCUUUUUUAUUUUUACCCAUCUACCAAUUAGUGCCCUUCUUUACGAGGCAUUGAAAAACCUCCCUGGUCUUUGUGGUUGAAUCUGUUUUUGAAAUUCACUGCUCGGCUGAGGGACCUUACAGAUAAUUGUAUGUGUGGGGUACAGUGAUGAGUUAGUCAUUCAAAAGUGCAUGCAACUUAUUAUGUGAUUUGUUAAGCACAUUUUUACUCCUGAAUGUAUUUAGGCUUGCCAUAACAAAGGGGUUGAAUACUUAUUGACUCAAGACAUUUCAGCUUUUCAUUUGUAAUUCAUUUGUAAAAAUAACAACAAAAAAAUCCACUUUGACAUUAAUCGGGUAUUGUGUGUAGGCCAGUGACACAAAAUCUCAAUUUAAUCAAUUUUAAAUUCAGGUUGUAACACAACAAAAUGUGGAAAAAGUCAAGGGGUGUGAAUACCUUCUGAAGGCACUGUAUGCAUAUCAUUCCUGUAAGAAAAAAAUGAAGGCAUGGCUUUUAAACUGUCUGUCUUACUAUAGGAAUUUGCGCAUGUGUCAGCAUUAGGUAAAAGAUAUGACCCAAAAAAAUAUGGUAAAAAACGUAUCCUUUUGUAAUGGUAAUUGGUGACAUAUUUUAUUUCAAACCUAGACUUUAAAAUCACUUAUUUCCCAACAUGGGAACAAUUUGGGAACGUUGUUGAUGUACACCUGUAUCAGAAUCCCACGGUUCUUACAGUACAAGUCAAAAGUUUGGGCACCUACUCAUUCAAGGGUUUUUAUUUAUUUGUACUAUUUUCUACAUUGUAGAAUAAUAGCGAAGACAUCAAAACUAUGAAAUAACACAUAUGGAAUCAUGUAGUAACCAAAAAAAGUGUUAAACAAAUGCCAAGAGUGUGCAAAGCUGUCAUCAAGGCAAAGGAUGGCUACUUUGAAGAAUCUCAAAUAUAAAAUAUAUUUUGAUUUAUUUAACACUUUUUUUGGUUACUACAUGAUUCCAUAUGUGUUAUUUCAUAGUUUUGAUGUCUUCACUAUUAUUCUACAAUGUAGAAAAUAGUAAAAAUAAAGUAAAACCCUGGAAUGAGUAGGUGUGUCCAAACUUUUGACUGGUACUGUUACAAUACUAGGCAUGUGUUUCUAGGACUUUAUGAAAUCUAAAUGUAUCUAAUGAAGGGAGUUUACAUGUUAUGUGUCGCUCAGAAAAUGCCACCAGAGGGUGUCCGAGUUUAACAGGUUAAAGGGAAUUAAUGCUUCCUCUUGCUUCUCCUUUCCCAGUUUGCGUUUAGCUUGUACUACUUAGCCAUUGUGGGACAUGGAUUGUCUGUGGUAUCUCUCAUCAUCUCACUCUGCAUCUUCUCCUACUUCAAGUGAGUCAUGCAUUGUGUCCUCUAUGGACCCACAAGGUUGAGACUGUGCUCUGAAUGUCACUAUAGUGUACCUUUUCACUUUACAUCCUCUAAUCAAAGUGAUUCUGUUUGUAUUGCUCUUCCUACACCCAGAGCCCUCUAUUCUAAACAGAGGUCUUUGGUUGUUCCCUACAUUGCCAACAUUAAUUCACAUUGUCAAAUGAAAGACUGAGCUUUCCUAUGACCCUAUACGAGCCAGUGUAGAUACAGUCACACACUUGUUUGUUUCCUAAGUGUGUCUGUCUGUUCUAAUCCUCCCAUUAGAAGUCUGAGCUGCCAGAGGAUCUCCCUCCAUAAGAACAUGUUCCUGUCCUUUAUCUUCAACUCCAUCUGCACCGUCAUCUGGCUCUCUGCUGUAGCCAACAACCAGCAGCUGGGGGCCAGCAACCCUGUAAGUACUGUGCACCUCUGUCAUCAGGAUGAAUAGCUACUGGUUGAACUCAGUUGGUGAACAUUUUGAGGUUCUACACUCCACAAUGUGUGGAAAUGAGAGCCAGUGACAACUUAAGAAGGUUAGCAUUUUAUGUGCGCAAAAAACAACCCCUGUCCUGAGGGUUCUCCCUGUGUUGUUCUCUGUCAGAUUGGAUGCAAGAUCCUGACAGUUCUGAACCAGUAUACGUUUGGCUCCAACUACUUCUGGAUGCUGUGUGAGGGGAUCUACCUGCACACUCUCAUCAUCGUGGCUGUGUUUGUGGGAGAGCAGCAGCUGUGCUGGUAUUAUGUCCUGGGUUGGGGUGAGUGACUGACUGUGCAUCUUUAUUUUUCACUGUUGUUCAAAUUGCUGUUUCCUGCGCCGCUGUCUGAUAUCAUUGUUGUUUGACCAUCCUUUUCCCCUAGCACAUAAUUACAUUUACAUUUUAGUCAUUUAUCAGACAUCAGGGGUGCCAUGAGAGUUAUGAGAAAUGCCUUUUUUGGGGGGGGUUGUCAGGGGCACUGUGAGAGUUAUCUAAAAUACUCUUCAAAGAGGUAGGGUUUCAGACGUUUUUGAAAGAUGGGCAGGUUCUCCGCUGUCCUGACUUUAGGGGGAAGCUUGUUCCACCAUUGGGCUGCCAGGACAGUGAAUAGCUUUGACUGGGCUGAGUGGGAGCUGCCUUCCCAUAGGGGUGGGAGGGCUAAGAGACCAGAGGUGGCGGAACGAUUGGGAUGUAGUGUUUGAACAUAGCCUGAAGGUAAUAAUGUGCAAUGAGUCUUCUUUGCUUUCAUAUCUCUAUAUCACAUUGAGUGAAUGGAUUGGUAUCAAACACAUGGAAACCACAUGUUUGAUAGACCAUUUAUUCAGUUCCAGCCAUUACUAUGAGCCCGUUCUCCCCAAUUAAGGUGCCACCAGCCGCCUGUGCUUUAUAUCAGUUGUUCUCAAACCUCUCCUCGGGGACCCCCAGUCGAUCCAUGUAUUUGAUAUAUUCCUGAGCUAGCACACCUGAUUCACCUUGUCAACUAAUCAAUCCCUUGAAUAGGUGAAUCAGGUGAGCUAGUUCAGAGCUACAACAAAAUGAUGAAAUGUCUGGGGGUCCCUGCAGGAGAGCUCUAUAUUAUUUAUUAUGUCAUAUCUAUGAAGGCCUUAUGGAAGCUCUUGACAGUCAUGGACUCCUCUGUCUCUCUCCCAGGCUUCCCCAUCAUUCCUGCCAUCACACAUGCUGUGGCCCGUGGGUUCUUCUAUGAUGACAGGUAAUGUGUCACAACUCCCUCUAAAUACAGUACAGCGCAUAUUAGUGGCAGAGAUUGACAUUCUGCGCUGUAUACUGCAUUAGAACAUUAUGUCAGUUACUGAUAUCCCAGUUAAACUCAAUCCGAUUUUUCUGUCUCAGUUGAGCUCAGAUGUGUUUCUUUGUCUCCCAGAUGCUGGAUCAGUUCCGACACACACCUGCUCUACAUCAUCCAUGGGCCUGUUCAUGCUGCCCUACUGGUGAGUCUGCAAUACAAAAACAAACGUAAAACAUUUAUCGGAAAUACCAACCAAAGUGUGUUCUCAAACAGAAUAUUUAUGCUUUUAAUCUAGUAUUGGGUUUGAAUUGCAAGUAGCCAAUUGCUCAUGGAAAACAAUCGAUCACUGAAUGCAAUCACUCAAUUUAAAUCACUCUAUUCCUCCCCUUCCUCUUUUACUCUGUCUCUCCAGGUGAACCUGUUCUUCCUGCUCAACAUAGUGCGUGUGUUGAUCACCAAGCUGCAGGUGACCCACAGUGCAGAGUCCAAUGCCUAUAUGAAGGCUGUGAGAGCCACUCUCAUCCUGAUCCCUCUGCUGGGAGCCCAGUUCAUCCUGGUUCCCUGGAGGCCAGAGGGACGUAAAGCCAGGGCCAUCUACGAGUUCAUCAUGAACAUCUUCGCACAUUUCCAGGUAUGGAUUGGAUGGUGCUGCUCACAGUUCCAUUCUAUACAAACCUAAAUCAAUGUUUGGUAGCAUAGACAUAGACAGUGCCUUACAAAUGAAUAUAAUAACUGUAGCCUACCUACAGUAUGAAUCAUGCAUUCAAAACAUUGGUAUAACCUUUCCACACUCAAUAUUCACUGAAUUACCAUUCUUUAUAGGGACUCCUGGUCGCAAUUAUAUUCUGCUUUUGCAAUGCUGAGGUAAGUGCCAGCAUCUUACAUAGAUGAUUAUUAAGCUCAGUAUACCUAUUACUAUUUACUUUUCUAUUUAAUAAUAGAAUAGUUAUCAUUCAGGAAUUCUUAUAUAUUUGUUUGCCAGUAUUUACUGAGAAUGUUCAAGCUAGCAUUUCUGUUGCUCUUAAACCACUCAGUCUUUGGUUCCAAAGGUACAGGCAUGUCUUAGGAGGAAAUGGGCACAGACUAAGCUGGUGUGGAAAUGGACAGAUUCCUACUCCCACACCAACUCCUCUGUGACCGAGACGAGACGUGCUACAGUUAGCCUGGAGCUCACCGCUCCUGAGGAGAACACCAUCAUUAAGCCAGGUGGUAGUGUGCACUACCAAGCCAAUGGACAGAGUAACGGCAAGCGCUGCACCAAUGGGGAGAUGGACAUGCCCAGGAUCCUGGAGACCACUGACAUCUGAUAGCACUGCACUGUCACUUCCCAUAGGCAUCAUCACAUGAUGCUGUCACAAACAGGCUCACUAAACUCACAGCAUGGCCACAGACAAUUGGUCAGUGCAGAAAACGGGGGCCAUGACCUUUUGUGUCACUGUAAAUGUUGGAUCACACACACGUGGUAAAAAUAUACACACAAAUGUGUACAAGAUACACAUGCAAGCACAAACACAACACAGACGAAAACACAUAAACAGACACCUGAUAAUGAAUGAGCAGCUUACAGGGUCCAGUUGAAACCUUGCAGACAAGUAUUCGCCACCAGAUGUAUAUACAUUUCACUGUAGCUUCUCAUUGUUGCUCAUGUUGGCCUUAGGCACAAGACAUUAUGCAACAAAUCCAGUGAUAAAAUGACCCAAUAAAGAGGGCUAUCGCUGGCAAUGUUUGAUCUUGGCCUUCAACGCUGAUCAGGGUCUGAUGUAAUCAAUUCUUGUUGGCCUAUUGGAAAGUUUGUACAGAAUAGAAGCAUUCAUAUAUUUAGAUUUAGUUUUUCUCACUCUGACACUGCCUAGGCUAUAUUGUAAAGAUUUGGAUCCGUCUUUUUUAUGUCACUUUAAUGAUGUGGAACUUAUUUAAAUGUGUGUUACAUAAGCUUACCUUUUUAGAAACAUGAAAUGACUGCUUAACUUGGCAUAGUUCUGACUGCUGAAUGUUGAGUUCUCAGAGGCAAGUAAGAUGACAGUGUAUAAGGCAUAUAACACAAUGAGGAAAAGUGUGGCUGUGUGCUUUGAAACUUAAACAGGAGAACCUAUGAUUCAGGAUGCCCUAUGUCUGACACAACACUUUUUAUCCAGUGUUGCUUUCUUACGCUUUAACAAAUCUUAUUUAUUGAGUUGCUAUACAUACUCUUUGAAGAAUCAAAGAGGAUACAUGUAUUAUACCACUGAGCUGCAGUUGAACUAUGCAUACUCUGUAUUUGUGUAGUGGGGAGAAUUUACAAUGCAGUGUAUGAAAAACAUUCCACUUUAACUUCCAAAUAAAUGACUAUGUUAUCUGUUUAAGUCAAAAAAAUUAAAUGUUAAUAAAUGUUUAUAUCAUUUAGUUUUGUGCUCGGGUUUUCUUGUCCAUUGAAUUAUGGUUUUGGGGAUAUUUUCUAUAACGUAGGUCCGACUCGCUCAGAAUGUAUUCAAAGAAAUAAACCACCAGGAGUGAAAAGCUUUUGUUAAAAACAGACUCUCUCAUACACUUUAGUUAAACUUGCAAGUCGAAUGGGGAUAUUUCUUGCAAACCAUAAAGAUUACUAUUAAAAAGGGGCUUGUGUUUUUUCCAGACUCUUUUUAUCUUAGGUGGAUGAGGGCCUG